CAAUCAGAUUACCAAAACGCAGCGUUUCGCCUGGAAAAUCAUGAGGAACCGGCGGUUUGCACAGGUCACGACGAGCGACGACGAAGACGACGACGUCGCACCCCGGAGCCACCAGCAGUCGGCGGGGGAUACAUCGUCGCGGAAGAGGAAGCAGGUGAAGCUUCGAGAAGGGGACAACGAAGAGUCGGGGGAGGAGGAGAAGCAGAAGAGUAAGAAGAAGAGGAGAGGGAAGGAGAAAGAGGCCGAAACGGCGUCAGGUAGCGAAGACGAGGAGGAGGAGCCACACGUGGUGGAGGACGCAAAGCCGAUUGGCGAGGUCGUUAAGCUUUCCGGGAAGGGAAGGGGCCGGAGGCAGCAUUACAAGGCGUUUGAGUAUGACGGGACCCGAUUUGACCUGGAGGAUCCGGUUCUUCUAACUCCUGAGGAUACCAGACAAAAGCCUUAUGUGGCAAUUAUCAAGGAUAUAAGCAGGACCGGAGGUGGGAGCAUGAUGGUAUUAGGACAGUGGUUUUAUCGUCCUGAAGAGGCAGAGAAAAAAGCUGGUGGAAACUGGCAGUCAACUGAUACAAGGGAGUUGUUCUAUAGUUUCCAUCGUGAUGAGGUUCCUGCAGAAUCUGUAAUGCAUAAAUGUUUGGUGCAUUUUGUUCCGUUAAACAAACAGCUUCCAAGUCGUAAACAGCAUCCUGGCUUCAUUGUGCAAAAGGUGUAUGACACCCAAGGGAAAAAACUCUGGAAGCUGACAGAUAGAGACUACGAAGAGGAUAAGCAACAUGAGAUUGACUUGCUAGUUCAGAAAACUAUUAAACUAUUGGGAGAACUUCCUGAUAUAGAGAUUGCAGAUAACAAUGUUUAUCAGGAUGAUCAGUUGAAGACUAAAAGAAGUCUGAUUAAAAAGAAUAUAUCACCCCUUGAUGUUUCUAGGGUGGAAGAAGCAACUGCUAGGCCUGGUCACAAUCAAAAAGCUGAAACACCUGGAAGCUGCCCAACAAGCAACUCAGAAUAUCAUUCCAUUUUAGCAAAGUCCAUGGCACUAACUGGAGACACACUACGUGACAGAUGGUUGGAGAAACUUCUACAAAAUAUCCGGCACCACGUAUGGAACUCUGCUGACACUACAAACGGUAUUGAAAAGAGAAAAUCUGGCUUUGAUGAUAUUGAUCAUGAAAGUGACCGUAAGCCCACAGAAGUUGGAAAUGGAUCUCAGGAUAAUGUCAAGAGUGGCAACACGUCUUUUCUCUGGCCAGAGGAUGCUGUUCGUGCAGUUACUUCUCUAGAGAAGGCUUCGCAUGAGUCUCUCUCCUCAGAUUUCCUAAAGUAUAACCAGAAGUUGCGGCAACUGGGAUUCAAUCUCCAGAAAAAUUCAUUCCUAGCCCGUCGUCUGCUAAAUCGAGAGUUGGAACCUUUAACAAUAGUGAACAUGUCACCUGAGGAGUUAAAGGAGGGUUUAACAGCUGAGGAGAGAGCAAAGAAGGAGCCUGAUGAUUGGGAGCGUAUGCAGAUGACUGACGCUCGUUGCUCAAGAUGCUCAGAGUUCAAAGUGGGAGUUAGGGACAUUAUUCAAGCAGGACACAGUGCUCGCUAUCAGCUGGAGUGUAUUGCCUGUGGUCAUUCAUGGUAUGCUGCCCGGGAUGCGGUUUCAAUGCUCACAAUUGAUGCACCCAGUUCUAACAAGAAUGUGGGGACGGCUCCUUUGGCCACUGCCAAGUUUGAAGAUGUUGAAAAGAAGCUGGCGAGCCCACGUGAGCCUGACAAGACAACCAAGGACGCUCUAAGAAAAACAACUGAAGCAUAUAUGCCGGUGUUGGAAGCGCAAAGAUCACUUAGCAAGUUCAAAAGGGAAGAAAAUUCUGAUUCUGCAAAGAAAGCCGAGUAGAGGUGCUGCGGUCUUGAUAGUUUAUGGAUAGGUGGAUGAAUUAUGUAGGAAAUGCAGCCUUGGUAAUUUUUGUACAGCCGUAUACACAUGCAUAUGUUAGUUAAAGCGGUCUUGAACCCCCGGGGGAUUAGGGUAGUUAAUUUUGACUUGAAUUCUGUAUCUGCUGCUGAUGCUCCAGAGAUAGAAUUGCACUAACCGAGCAGACAAGUAAAGGAGAUAGAGAUGCCUUGUACUUGUUUUCUCUGUCACCAUUAUUCUGUUGAGUUUCGUGGGUGUUUA